GUGGUCAGCACGAUCGCCUCGCACCUCCGAGGGUUGGAGGUUCGAAUCCCACCUCCAAUAAUCCAAUUAUUUUAUGAUGAUCAAAUAAAUAACGAUUAAAUGUUUCUGUAGUGUAUGAGUAAGAAUUUAGGUUUCACCCCGAGAUAUACUGUUCAAGGCAGUGCAGAGCAUUUCUCAGAGCAUUGUUUGUGGCUACAGUGACCUUUAUAGCUUUCUCUGUAUCUGUGUCAGAGUCUGAGACGCUGCAAGCAAACCUAUAAUUGGUAUCAUGAGGUCAGAAGAAUCAGGGACACAUGACACUGCUCUGCUGCGAGAGAGAGAGAGAGAGAGAGAGAGAGAGAGAGAGAGAGAGACGAGACGUAGAGGGAGAGGAAGAAAGCCAAGAGAUAAGCAAAAUAUCAACACCGGGGCCAUGAGAACAGAAUGGGUGAUUACAGGGGAAAUGUCAGAUAAUAGUCAGUUUAAAGAGGGCAAUAGAAAACAAUGAGAGAUCAGGAACGAAAAGCUUGACAUGCAGCCGGUCGUGCCGUCGCCACUCUGGCCCGAACUCGACCUCAAUCUCCAGCGCUUUGGGUCCAAGAGGAGAAUCUCCAGCUCGCUCAUGGAGCUCAGCGUCAAGCCACCCUGCUCCAGCUCCAGCUGUGGAAUGCGUAAACCCAGGAUGCAUGCUGGCUGGAAUAAAACCAAGUUCCUUGGAGUGAUGAUGAUGGUCAACUUCCUGAUUUACAUUCUGGUGGAGGUGACACGGAGUUACGGCAAAUGGGACUUCACGAAGCCCCGCGUGCCACCCGAGCAGUUCUGGAAAAAGCCUGAAUUCAGCGAGGCCUUUUGGAACCGCAAGCAGCAGCAUCUCGACUACGUUUACAACCCACUAAUCGUUCCCGCCACCGAUAGAACCACCAGCGUGUCCCUCACAGAGGUCGUGCAGGCCUCCGUUCAGCCGAACUACACAGCCAAGGUCGAGCGUUGCAAACCAGACUUUAAGAUAACCACGCAGAUUAAGGAUUACCGUUCCCUGCCUCAGCGCUUCAAAGAUUUCCUGCUGUACAUGCAGUGUAGGUCGUACCCCAUUCUGAUAGACGCUCCAGGUGUGUGUUCUGAAACGCCUUUCCUGCUGCUUGCCGUGAAGUCGCUGACGCCUCAUUUUGAACGCCGCCAGGCUAUCCGGGAGUCCUGGGGACGCGCCGGCAUCCUGGCCGGUCACCGUGUGGCCACCGUGUUCCUCUUGGGCAAGACGGAAGGAAGUGAUUACUUCCCGGAUGUUUCAGCGAUGCUCCGUUACGAGGCGUCGCUGCACGGCGACCUGCUCCAGUGGGACUAUCGCGACACGUUCUUCAACCUCACGCUGAAGGAAGUUCUGUUCCUCGAGUGGAUGGCCGAGCGCUGCCCCUCAGCCCGCUACAUCUUCAAGGGUGACGACGACGUCUUCGUGAACACCCGGAGCAUCCUGAAUUUCCUCGGCGGACUCUCGGAGACCAAGGCGCGAGAUUUAUUUGUCGGAGACGUGAUCAGUAAAGCCUCGCCGCACCGGAACAAGAAUCUCAAGUACUACAUCCCUGAGAGCAUCUUCGUUGGAGCUUAUCCACCGUACGCGGGCGGGGGAGGUUUCCUGUACUCCGCUGACGUGGGGAUCCGGUUGAGAAACAUCUCUCUGCACGUCUCGCUCUUUCCCAUCGACGACGUCUACACCGGCAUGUGCCUGCAGAAACUUGGCCUGGUACCCGAGAAGCACCAAGGAUUUAAGACUUUUAACAUAGAAGAAAAGGACAGAGAGACUGCCUGUGCCUACCAAAGUUUAAUGCUGGUGCAUCCCAGGAGUCCACAGGAGAUUAUCAAAAUCUGGGGUUGGAUUAGCGACCCCGGGCUGAGCUGCAAGUGAGAUCGGACAGUGUUUAAAUGGACUGGAGAUAAACUAGGGGCAUAAAUGUCUGAUGCCGGUUCCAAUGCUGGUCCGGAUGCUAUCGUAGAAGACCGACAUCUGAUUAGAUCCUGAUCUUCAAGAUUUUCUGCUCUUCACUUUGGAGACGUUCUGAAUGGUUUAUCUCCGACCUGUGACCCAUGACUGAACUGUAGAUGAGUGCACGAUAGGAUUGCUAAUAUCUUAUCGUCUGUCAGGUAUUCCGUGUUCGCUGGCUAGUGCAGCAGCAGUGCACUUCUAACAGCAAGCAGUUCAGCCUUAGCUCACAACUAAAGUGUAACGUAAACAUCACCCACGUCGUACCAAACUGCCUUUUUAUUUAUUUAUUUUUUUAAAUAUCCUUUUUUUAAAAAAUAUCAUUUAAAAAUAUAUUUUCAACAUAAGUUACAAAUCUAAACUAUGACACUUAAAAAAAAAAAAAAAAACAGAUUUACUUCCCUGCUUUUCAGUUAUUUUAUUUUUAUACACGUUAAAAUAUCAUCAAUUUUUAAAGGUUUAUUUUGAAAUAAAGCGUUUUACAGCUUUGUUGGAGGUUUCUGUAGAAAACCUGCACAUAUGCUAAGUGUACAUGCUAAGUAUCGUAGACCCGUCUUAUCGUCGUCUCAUCGUCCACCCUUACUCCUGUUCCAUAUUAGCAGUAAUGAUAAUAUCCUUCAGGUGUAUCGAUAGCUUCAAGGGAUAUUCCAAGCCAUCCAAGACCAUGUCACGUGCUGGCCUUGUUUUUGCUAAUUUUCCUGAACACGUUUUAUCUUCAGUUGGCUCAGACUGGGAAAAAGAUCUUAGAUAACGCUCCUAAAUCUGCUCAUCAACUAGCGAAAUAUAUGAUCUGCCUAGCAACUGUAUCUCUAAUAUAGGAAAAAUCAAACUCGGACAUAUUUUGUGCGGAGCUCAAGCGACACGCCGAGCGUAGCCGUCAAGCGACAGAAAUCUAUCGUAUCUAUCUCACAAGCGUUUUCGGAAGCACAAGCCCAGAAUAUGUUGACAAUUUAAAAACUAUCUGCUAGUCAUGUCAGAGUGUUACAAACCAAAGACCGUCAUUUGAGUCCAUUCGUGUAAACAUAACUAGCUAGCUAGCUAAAACCUCGAGAGAGUCGUCACCGUGGUAGCGAAAUAGCAAACUGGCCUGGCAUUUCGCUUAUAUCAUUUCAAGAAUUAAAGUAUUCGAUAAAAGGAGUUAUGAAAUAAGUCUCGGGCAUUCCUGCAAUAGUUAAACAGCGGAACAGUUCAGCGGUUAGGUCCAGUGGGAAAAUUGCGCUAAGGAAAAAGAAACAAAAAACGAUUCCGUUUGUCCGAGAUGUCCGCCUCCGUAACAUUAGAGCGCACAGUUACACUGUGAAGUUUUUAUCAUAUUUAGAGACAGCAGAAAGUCACACUGUGAUCCGAAUCACAUCGGCCAUCCGUCGGCCGUGAAUAUGGUUUGAGAGAGAUUUACAGAUGCGAUGCUGGGUUUUGUCUGAUUGGUUGCUGCGUUAGCUUCGUCGCUCAAGUGGAAAAACUACAGAAAACAACACUCCUUUGAUUUGGUUUAGUUUAACAGAAACGGGGAUUUUUAUUUUUCAUUUUUUUAAUUUAUUUUUUUUUUUUUUACAUUUUAUUUUCAUGAAAUACUGA